CCAAGUGUGAACCGGGCAUCAUGUUUACCUUUAUGUUGUGACUUUGACGUUUCUCGAUUUUAUUUUGAUUUCUUGAUUUGUGAAGUAUUUUGUAUUUAAAGCUUGUGUAAAUUACAGAAAUGACGGACAUUCCAGAAAGUGAUCCAAUGUCAUCAUCUAGUGAAAAUAAAGAUUCUGAAAUGAAAGACGACGCCCCUGUGGCAAAAAAACGUAAAUUAGUACCAGAGAAUGAGCAAUGUGAGAAACUGGAGCAAAGAUUGUGUGGUAUUUUAUGCUGCGCAGUUUGUCUGGAACUGCCUCCGGCCGCCGUGUAUCAGUGCACAAAUGGGCAUCUUAUGUGCGCGCCUUGUUUUACUCAUUUGCUGGCGGACGCGCGGCUGCGCGACGAGGCGGCCACCUGCCCUAACUGCCGCGUGGCUAUAUCGGCCAGCUCGGCCUCCCGCAACCUGGCCGUCGAGAAGACCGUCUCCGAGCUGCCCUCGGAGUGCCGCUUCUGUGCGCGCCUCUACCCGCGCCACGCCCUGCAACACCACGAGGAUAAUCUCUGUGACGAGAGGUGAUCGCAUAACACAAACGAACAUCUCUUGUACUAUUGUACUAUUUGUAAUUUAUUUAUGUGCAGAUGGUUUACAUCCUGGUAUUGUGGAUGUUAAAAAAGUUUCAAUGUUUCCCCAUCAUUUAGGACAAAUUUGAGAACAAGGGUAUUUCGCAUUCUGUGCUAGUCGCAGGCGUCCCGACCGAUACUUGGAGCACGGUCCACUCCAACCAUGUAUGGUAUAGUAAUAAACACGCCCAAAAGUUGCAACCUAGUCGUUGGACGUCCAGCACUGUUUUUGUCAUCCGCCAGCUCAUCAUUGGAUCCAAUGAAACAUUGUAUUUAGUAGUUGAUUAAGGCGGCGAGGUGGCACAUGAAGCGGUACGACAGAUGGGGCGUGUGC